GGGGGCUGGGGUCAGUCUGAGAUUCCUCUGUUCCGCUCUUUCCCUCUGGCUUAGCCAGCCUCUCGGAGGCUCUCCUCUUCCAGCCUGCGCUGCUCCUGGCUUUUAUCUGCUCCUGCAGUGACUCCCCCUCCCCUAACCACUUCCCUGCCAGCCUGGAUGAGAACGGUAGCUCAGCCACCUCUGAGAGGCUCUGGUUUUUAGCAGAGGUGGUGGGAACCCUAAAGACCACUCUGUGGUUGGUGUGAUUCCCCAACCUUAAAUCCUUGCCUGGUCCCCUCCCAGGAGCCAGCCAGGGAUCCUAGCUGCUGUUAGGGCUCCUUAGUGCCGCUUCCAGGGAGCUGGCCCUGCUUCCUGCUUCCUGUCCCUAAGCCCCCACCCCCACGCUGCCCCGUUCUGUGUCUCUGAGCCUCCUACUCCCCAGGGGCCAGACCAAUAGGAAACAGAAAUGUCUCCAAACCCUGCUGACCUGCCAGAAGUUGUUCUGUGCCUUGUAAGCGAUAGACACCAGGAUGAGGUCUAUACCAAGCAGAGGAAGGAAUGGACUCUUUGAAGUAUAUGACAAGCUAGGCAGCUUCCAAGCAUGUCAUCAUGGGGACAGACAGCCUGGGCUCCCUCUCCGUGGUACUUCUGCUUCCUCUUGUGUUUGGAGUCCCCACAGAGGAGCCCACUUUUGGGGCACCUGUGGCCUCCCAACUCACCAAAGGCUGUCAGCGAUGCUGUGACCCUGAGGAACCACUGUCCCCUGCCUCCCCCUCCUUCCCCUAUGUCCUGCCCGAGGUCAGGCCCUACAUCAACAUUACCAUCCUGAAGGGCGACAAAGGGGACAGAGGUCCUGUAGGAACACCAGGGAAGCCAGGCAAGGAUGGUACCCGAGGGGACCGUGGCUCUCAGGGCAUCAAAGGUGACAAGGGACAGGCAGGCAACCCUGGUAGCCCAUGCCAGACGCACUACUCCGCCUUCUCUGUGGGCCGCAAGACAGCCUUGCACAGCAGCGAGGACUUCCUCCCACUGCUGUUCGACAGGGUCUUCGUGAACACCGACGGCCACUUCGACAUGGCCACCGGCCGCUUCAGGGCCCCGCUGCGUGGCCUCUACUUCUUCAGCCUCAAUGUGCACAGCUGGAAUUACAAGGAGACCUACGUGCACAUCGUCCACAACGAGCAGGCGGCCGUGAUCCUGUACGCACAGCCCAGCGAGCGCAGCAUCAUGCAGAGCCAGAGCGUGAUGCUGCCGCUGGAGCCCGGCGACCACGUGUGGGUGCGGCUCUUCAAGCGCGAGCGGGAGAACGCCAUCUACAGCGACGAUGUGGACACCUACAUCACCUUCAGCGGCCACCUGAUCAAGGCGGAGGACUGAGCUGCCCUGGCCGAUUCCACAGCUGGGCAUGUUGCGGGGAGGGUGGUGGCUGGUGGCUAGCCCAAGUCCUGCAGGCUCCCCGGCCGGGGCUGGAUCAGCCGGUGUCCAUUGCUUAUUAUCAUCACUUGUAGUCUGUCACCACCCCCCCACUCCACCCCCUCCCCCGCUUCAUUUUCAGAGACCCUGGCCUUAAGCAUUCCAGAACCUUCUCAGCCUCUAAGGCGGCUCCCCUCACACACACCACCGUGCGGUUAAUUCCUGGGGGCUUUUUGGUAUGGUAGAUUCUGGCUUGGCAUUUGGGGGUGUGUCCAGGAUUCUGCAUUUCUAGCAAUUUCCUCAGUAAUGCUGAUGCCACCGGUCUAUGGGCCCCAUGCUUGAGGGAUGGGGCUCUCUAGAAUAUUCCUGGCAUUCUCAGACUUCCCAAACUUCUGGAAUUCCCCCCCGGAACUCUAGCAUUCUUCCUGAAGCCUCAGGUUCUUCUCUUCACCCUGGGCCUACCCCACCUCUGCCCUCCCCGCCCCUCCCCCAUCCUCUUUUCUACCCACUGUUUAUGUAGAGAAUCAUCAAAUGCUGAACACUCACUUGGUCCCAGGCCUGAGGGAAGCCUAGACUACUCAGACCUAGGUCCCGUCCCUCCCCUGGUGAAUGCCCAGUGGCCUGGACAGGGUUGGGCUGCGCUCAAGUGGGUACAAAGACUUGAGCGUGUUCCGGGCGCUCCUCUAGGCUGGGUGGUUAGGCACUGAGGGCCACUCUCCACUGCUCCGGCGGUGGCACAGGUUCUGGAGGUAGGGAUGAUGUUCCUUUCCCAUUCUCUGCCUUCUUGCCUGGUGCCCAGCAUUAAAGCAAACCCUAGGUAUAGUCUUGGCUGGGAGGGGACUCAGGAAUUUGGAGGGACCGGGGUGAAAGGUGCCUGGGAGUGAGUUGGAGCCCACUAUCCUCCCUGACCUUUGAGGGCUCCUCCUGCCCUGCUUUCCUCGUUUCCCAGAACUGUAGGCAUGGUCAGACCAUACGCCAGGUGCUCUCUGACCCUCCUGGCCCCUCAAAAGCCCAGUGUCACACAGGGCUUAAGACGGUGCUAAGGACACCCAGGAGGUGGCUCCCCUCAGAGCUUGACCUGCCCGUGUUGCCCUUGCAGACAUCAUGGGGAGCCAGGCAGGACAGAGAUGACAGGUUUCAGCCCAAAGCAGGUCUAGGGACUGAAGCCAGUGACAUUCAGGUUAUCUGGGGGCCUUCUCUGAGCCAUGCUGCCAAGACAGGCCCUAGGGAAAGUCAUGGAGAAGCAGGGACACCGAGACCUCCAUGCUUUCCCCAGGGUGCAUGGCCUGGUGGCCAUGUAACCUCCCCCUCUUCCACUGCAGGCUGCCUGAGCUUCUUGGGGGAAGGUGGCCUCCGUCCAUCGGUGCUUCUGUAGACCCAGGGCAGGGCUGGCCCUGGGCAGGCAUCUCUGGUGCUUACAGCCAAGGGAACCAUGGCAGGGUGACAGGGGCAAGGCCUGCCACGUGCUGUGAAGACUGGUUCUACAAAACCACCCUCAUUCCGACUGUCCUUGCCUGCUUGGCCAGUGUGAAUAAAAAUCCUGGAUUCUCUUGGCAA